UCGCGCUCUUCCAGACCCGCCCAGCGGAGGGCUGUAUCAUUAACACGUGGGCGCCGGAGAAAAAGGGAGCUAUUUGUUUCGACUGCACACACCUGUGCGAAAAAGUACAUUUUGUGUGUCAUAUCUUGGCAGAAGUUAGGACUUUAGUGAAAAUACUUCUAUUUGAAACCUGUUGUGUUUUCACGAAACGAAAGUUUACCCGGAGGCGUUUCAUAUUUGUGGUGUACUUUUACUCCUAAAUGUCGAUCGUCUCGGAUUGUUUAGGAUCCCUUCAGAGCUGUUUGGAGUACGAUAGACACGAGGAUAGUCGGCAGUAACGAUCAAAUUUUGACUGCAUUAGGUUCUGCGUUUGCAUUUGAGUAGCCCGUUGUGUACCAUAGAGGUAAACAUAAUUCACAGUAUGGAAACCCAAGACUACGACGUUAUUACGUCUUUUCUGGGAGACUGGGGACCCUUCCAGAGGACUGUUUUCUUUCUGCUCAGCUGCAGCACCAUCCCUAAUGGCUACGUGGGGCUGUCCAUGGUAUUUCUGGCGGACACACCGUCGCAUUACUGCCGGGUGCCCACAGGGAAUGGCAGCGGUUCAACUCUCAAUCAGUCGCUUAUCCCGUCUGUAGCGGUCAAUGGGACACUAACGCUCAGUAGAUGCACCCGUUUCAAGUGGAGAAGAGAUGGUCAGGUGAACGAAACGGAGGAAUGUCUGCAGGGCUGGGAAUACAGCAAAGAAAGGUACAUCUCCACAAUUGUGACUGAGUGGGACUUGGUUUGCAAAGAAGACUGGAAAGUGCCAUUCACUACGUCUGUCUUUUUUUUUGGAGUCUUAACAGGAUCAUUUGUAUCUGGGCAAUUUUCAGACAGGUAUGGCAGGAAGAAGAUAUUAUUUAUUACAAUGGCUCUACAGACGAUUUUCAGUCUUCUUCAGGUAAUAUCGGUUACCUGGGAGAUGUUUUGUGUUCUCUUCUUCUUUGUUGGACUUGGACAAAUUUCCAACUAUGUGUCUGCUUUUGUUUUAGGUAACGAAAUAUUUUCCAAAUCCACACGAAUUGCAUAUUCGACUUUAGGAAUUUGUGUGUUUUAUUCCUUGGGUUAUGUUGUUCUUCCACUGUUUGCAUAUUUCAUCCGUGACUGGAGGAUGCUGCUCUUAGCCAUAUCCUUACCAGGAAUACUUUAUAUACCUCUCUGGUGGUUUAUACCUGAAUCUCCAAGGUGGCUUUUAUCCCAAGGAAGAAUGCAUGAAGCAGAGGAAAUUCUUCGUGCAGCUGCCAGAAAAAAUGGAGUUACACCACCAGAAGUUAUAUUUAACCAAGAGGAAUCUUUGGAGUUAAUGAACAGAAACAUAAAGAAAAGAAAACACUUGUACACCUACUUUGAUCUCAUUAGAACAACCAACAUAAGGAAUCUGACUAUCCUCAACUGUCUUAUCUGGAUGAUGAUAACCAUUGGCUACUUUGGCAUUUCAUUGAACACAUCAAACAUGAGCGGUGAUCCAUACAUCAACUGCUUCAUUUCAGCUGUUACAGAAGUUGUGGCUUACACAGCUGCCUGGGUGAUUUUGAGAUAUGUUUCCCGUCGCAUUGCCUUAUCACUCCCUCUGCUACUUUCAGGAAGCAUGCUAUUGCUCAUACAGUUUAUUCCCGAUGAGUAUCAGGUACUGAGUAUCAUCCUGGCCAUGACUGGAAAGUUUGGAGUCACUGUGGCCUUCUCUGUUGUGUAUGUUUAUUCAGCAGAGCUCUUUCCAACAGUGGUACGCAACAUGGGAAUGGGAGCCGCCUCCAUGUCAUCUAGGAUCGGGGGCAUCAUUUCACCGUAUUUUGCCUAUAUUGGGACAUACAACAAAAUCCUGCCAUAUAUACUCAUGGGAGGCAUAACUAUGGCAAUAGGCAUUUUAAGUCUGUUACUGCCAGAAACGCAAGCUGUUACACUCCCUGAGAAGAUGGAAGAUGUGCAACAACUUCACUGGUGCUGCAAAGUGAAGGAUGACAAAAAACAAGCAUAUGAAGGAACUUUGCUUUAAUGGUCACUCCACAACGUGCCUUUCUUUGUCAGUGCUAGUAAAUCCAACUUUAUCCACUUGAUAGUAGUUGAAGCAAUCAAGGGAAAAAGAACCUACAACCUGGGGGCAUGUUAUGAAAAGGAACGCAGAGGAUUUUGCUUGUUCUUGUUGGGAAUUGGAAGAUUUGUAUGUUUGAGCAGUCAGUCAGGUAUAUCAAGAUUUUCAUGUGGCCUCUGAUUUUGUGAUUUAUGAGACCUAUCAUAUGCCACCAAGUACAAAAUGAAAUCCUCCAUUUCAGUCUUUCAGCCUUACCUCGCUGUUUUUUGGAAGGAAUAUUGAAGUACUAAAGGUCCUCAUUCGUUUUUGAAAGUAAACACAGGAACGCUUUACACAUUUACCGUGCAUGUCACACAACAAUGCAUUCACCUAUUUAUGUCAAUCUGUCACUGUUUCUUUUCUAAACUCAUCUUUAAGCUCCUCAGCUCUGCUUUGCUUUUCAUCAACAAUAUCAGCAUACAGCAGUGGUUCCCAAGCUCAGUCCUGUGGGACCCCUGUGGCUGUGUAUUUUUUUUUUUUUUUUUUUAAUUCAAACCUAUUUCACAAUCCGUACAUCGUCCUUAUCUUUAAGGGUUCUAAUUAUUUAGUGAAGUGUCAGUUUUUAUUUUUUUAUUAAUUUUAAUUAUGAAAUAACUGUGUAUAGUUGCCAAACUUGUAAAUCUUUAGCUUCAUUUGAUGUUUUAUAUUUCAUUGACCAUUUUAUAUAGAGUUUGCUCCUUACAUUGUUUUCAAAUCUCAACCACAGUGAAUGCUAAACAUUACUUCAAUGCCAUAUUCACUUGUCUGCUCAUUUGUAAGAAAUGUUUCUUAAUGUGCAGACAUAUAGAAAAGGGUACAUUUUAAAGAAAAUGGCAAAGUAAAUGUAAACCUUUUAAAGGUAUGGCAGGAAUACAAAUGUUUACGUAUUUCUUAGAAAUAUUUGUAGUCCAGACCACUAAACAAUGAGAAAGUAUGAAUGAUACACUGAUUGUGAAAUUGGCUGGAAUGAAAACUAAGCUAUGGGGGUCCCUCAGAACUGAACUUGAAAGCUGCUGACAUACAGAGUUCUGUUCUAUUUUGAUUUUCAAAUCAGUAUCAAAGUCAUUUAUUUCUCCAGGACAAUCAGGGAUUUUUUUUACACUUCUGUAGCAGUUGUGAGUUGAAGCAAAACAAUAUUACAUGCUUCGUUGGAUUCUACAUUUUACAAUAUAUAGCAUAUAUACUGCACAUACAUACACUGCUGUGAAAGAUAUUUGUCCCUUUUUAUUGGCACUUGAGUAAGCAACAUUUUUUAUUAAUCUUAUUCCAUUUAUCAAAUGAACAAAUGUAUGCAACAAGCCAAUUAGGUAGUUGUUGUUGGCUGAUGUAACACAGCCAGACUUGCUCAAUAUAAAGCUCACUUCUUUUGACCCUUGUAUCACCAAAAUCAGUUUAGUGUCAUCAACAAUUGUCUAAUGCAGCAAUCAAGUGUGAUUCCCGAAGAAAUCAGGAAAAAAAGUGUUAUUAAACUUUCAAUCUUGAA